UAUAAACAGUAACUUGUGGUCAUCACAUUACCACAGCUGUACACAGUGAAAGUCAAGAAGUACUUCUUCCAAAGCCCAAAUAUCCCAUGUAAAAAACAAACAAACAAAAAAACACAUCACAUAUUGUACAAUUCUUAGGGAGAAUAUUAAUAUAGAUGUCUAUCCUAUAGCAUGCCAAAGCAAGUUUGAGUUACUAAAGAUGAAUGAUAGUUUACUUCCCAUGUACACAGUACGGACCAUGACGAUUUCAGAAAUCGUGUAUUGUAUAUAGUUUUAUUAAUGGCGGACAUUCAAAAGCUGUCCCAAUAUAUCUCAAAUCACUUUGCUCUUUAGUAGUGUAGUAUUUGGGCGUGGCUAAUAAAAUAGCGAAUCAACGCCACAUGUGUUAGUGAACUCGCGCAGGCUCGUCUGAGGGAGACUUUUGUUACCAUAGUAACCACUAUACACAACAUGACAAGCAAGAGAGAAACGUUAACCGGAAUAAUUAUAACAGGUAGAAAACCAGCACAGACUGAAAACCGCUAUCGUUGAUAUUUUAAUCAAGCCUGAUUAGAAAAGAUGUCAGUAAUUGACGAUGAUGAUGUGUCACUCGGGGAUUCUGAGGAAAAGCCAGAAUACACAGCGUCGAAACAGGACGAGAUUGAGCCCUGUUCAUUAACACAGGAUAUAAUAGGACAGAAUCUUUCCUUAUUGUGCCGGACAGGUGAUGGACUUUCUCAUGCAUUUGUCAGACUUGACCUACAUAACAGGAAUCUGGCAGAUAUUGUCAUAUUGAGUUCAUUUGUCCAUCUGCGUUUCCUGGACAUCUCUUCCAACUACCUGACAGACCUUUCUCCACUGGCUACUCUGACCGAGCUGCUUUGGUUAAAGGCAGAUACCAAUCGGGUUCAGAGUGUUCGAGGUCAGUCACUCAGCCAGCUUCCUUAUCUGCAGUGGCUCAGCCUCAUGUCCAAUCAGUUGAGUGACAUGGAGGGCCUUGGUGGGCCUGCACUGGAGAACCUUGAUCUUAGAGGUAAUACAAUUCAGACAGUGUCUGGCCUUGAUUAUGACAAGCUGACCAAUCUGGUGUCUCUGGAGCUAAGAGGAAACCUUUUAGAAACUACAGAUGGUAUUUACCUCCCCAACCUGCGUCGUCUUUACUUGGCCCAGAAUAAAAUAAAACGAUUAGAAGGUCUGGACAAACUGGAGCACCUAACAAUCCUUCACCUUAGAGACAACCAACUAGAGACACUUGAUGGAAUCAAUCCCAGUAUGAAAUCUCUGCAGUAUCUUAAUAUCAGAGGAAACCUGGUAUCUUCCCAGCAUGCAUUAGAAAGUCUGAUGGGUGUUGCUCGCACAUUGCGGGUCCUGGUGUUGGCAGACAAUCCUCUGUCACAGACAGAUGAUUACCGGCUCAUUGUUAUCUCACGCCUCCCUCUUCUGGAAAGACUAGACAAGGGUCAUAUCUCCCUUGUGGAGCAGGUUGAAGCUCAAGAAAGAAUCAGGGAAUUCCAAAACUUCACAGAACAAGAAGACCAUUAAACAGGACUAUAGGGAGCAAAGCUACAUUCAUUUGUAUUCAACUUCUGUUGCAUAAGAAAGAUGUUGAACAUGGUUCAGUAUAUACAGUAUCUCACAAGAGUGAGUACACUGCUCACAUUUUUGUAAAUAUUUGAUUAUAUCUUUUCAUGUGACAAGACUGAAGAAAUGACACUUUGCUACAAUGUAAAGUAGUGAGUGUACAGCUUGUGUAACAGUGUAAAUUUGCUGUCCCCUCAAAAUAACUCAACACACAGCCAUUAAUGUCUAAACCGCUGGCAACAAAAGUGAGUACAUCCCUAAGUGAAAAUGUCCAAAUUGGGCCCAAAGUGUCAAUAUUUUGUGUGGCCACCAUUAUUUUCCAGCACUGCCUUAACCCUCUUGGGCAUGGAGUUCACUAGAGCUUCACAGGUUGCCACUGGAGUCCUCUUCCACUCCUCCACGACAACAUCACAGAGCUGGUGGAUGUUACAGACCUUGUGCUCCUCCACCUUCCAUUUGAGGAUGCCCCACAGAUGCUCAAUAGGGUUUAGGUCUGGAGACAUGCUUGGCCAGUUCAUCACCUUCACCCUCAGCUUCUUUAGCAAGGCAGUGGUCGUCUUGGAGGUGUGUUUGGGGUCAUUAUCAUGCUGGAAUACUGCCCUGCGGCCCAGUCUCCGAAGGGAGGGGAUCAUGCUCUGCUUCAGUAUGUCACAGUACAUGUUGGCAUUCAUGGUUCCCUCAAUGAACUGUAGUUCCCCAGUGCCGGCAGCACUCAUGCAGCCCCAGACCAUGACACUCCCACCACCAUGCUUGACUGUAGGCAAGACACACUUGUCUUUGUACUCCUCACCUGGUUGCCACCACACACGCUUGACACCAUCUGAACCAAAUAAGUUUAUCUUGCUCUCAUCAGACCACAGGACAUGGUUCCAGUAAUCCAAGUCCUUAGUCUGCUUGUCUUCAGCAAACUGUUUGCGGGCUUUCUUGUGCAUCAUCUUUAGAAGAGGCUUCCUUCUGGGACGACAGCCAUGCAGACCAAUUUGAUGCAGUGUGCGGCGUAUGGUCUGAGCACUGACAGGCUGACCCCCCCCCCCCAGCAGCAAUGCUGGCAGCACUCAUAUGUCUAUUUCCCAAAGACAAUCUCUGGAUAUGACGCGGAGCACAUGCACUCAACUCCUUUGGUCGACCAUGGUGAGGCCUGUUCUGAGUGGAACCUGUCCUGUUAAACCGAUGUAUGGUCUUGGCCACCAUGCUGCAGCUCAAUGUCAGGGUCUUGGCAAUCUUCUUAUAGCCUAGGCCAUCUUUAUGUAGAGCAACAAUUCUUUUUUUCAGAUCCUCAGAGAGUUCUUUGCCAUGAGGUACCAUGUUGAACUUCCAGUGACCAGUAUGAGGGAGUGUGAGAGCGAUGACACCAAAUUUAACACACCUGCUCCCCAUUCACACCUGAGACCUUGUAACACUAACAAGUCACAUGACACCGGGGAGGGAAAAUGGCUAAUUGGGACCAGUUUGGACAUUUUCACUUAGGGGUGUACUCACUUUUGUUGCCAGCGGUUUAGACAUUAAUGGCUGUGUGUUGAGUUAUUUUGAGGGGACAGCAAAUAUACACUGUUACACAAGCUGUACACUCACUACUUUACAUUGUAGCAAAGUGUCAUUUCUUCAGUGUUGUCACAUGAAAAGAUAUAAUCAAAUAUUUACGAAAAUGUGAGGGGUGUACUCUCUUUUGUGAGAUACUGUAAGUACUGAUUUAAAUCAAUAAUUUUAGGGGUGUCUUAGUUGUUGUUUUUUUAAAAAAAAAACAACAACAAAAAAACAAGUUCAUUGUUUUAUUUUAUUACCUUUUCUGAUUUGUGCCUUUUUAAUAAUUAAAGAUGAUUCAUAACUUCUGUUUAGUGAACACAAAGUACAUAUGAUAUGAUUAAUAAUCUAUUAAAGAUGAUUCGUUACUUCAGUUGUUUGA